UGUAAAGGCAGACUGAGACAAGGAAAAGUCGAAGUUACACCAUGCAAGCACAACAGUAGUACGUGGCUGUUCCUCGUUUGACAUAUGUCCCAAGAUUCUCACUGCCCAUCCAGUCAUCUCCUUUAAGCAAACCGACGUCAACCGGUUGUUCUCCCUCUCAGUCGGUGCAUCUUCAGCUUUCUUCCCGCUCACUGCAUAAAACCAACUCUCACCUCUGCAUAUUCUGAAAACGUUUCAAAAGUUUUAGCUUACCCCCACCCUCCACCUCUCCCCUCCCUCCCCCAACAAAUAAAAAAAAAAUCAUCCCUGAAAAAAUAGGUUAGGACUUUACUUUUUUGGGUUUCUUAUGUCUGGCAUUGGUUUGAAUCGUUUGUUGAAAAAGAACCCACAUUUCCUUUGCUUUGUGUAGACAAAAAUGAUGAAACAGUUGCAGCAAACUGUUCCAUUCCAACGUCAUCAUGGGCAAAUUUUGAAAUAAAAGCAAUUUGAUGCUUGUCUUUCAAAGGAAAAAAAAGAAGAAGAAGAAAGAAAGAAAGCAAAAUAGACGCAAAAUCUUGCAAAUAAAUCCAAAACUACAGGGAAUCUCAUUUUGGUUCUGAUGGCAUCAAGAAUCAAGGGUGAAUUCUACUGAGCCUUUAUUCCUUGUCUUUGUCUCAAAGGCCAAUAGUUGAUAGGUAUGGCUCUAGAUGCCUUCUUGGAUUCCAACAACUCUAGGGCAAUGCCCUGGGUGUCUAGAGGCUUGGUGCAGUCCUCAGGUUCUAGUAACUUGUUGCAGAAGGAUGAACAGUGCCAGAAUGUGGUGGCAUCUCUCUUAGGUAGAGCCUCCAGAAAUUUGCCUAGUACUAAUGCUGGAAUCUCAGAUUUCAAUCUGGAUAAGUGCUGCACUGUGGUAAAUAGUGCAACUAAUUUGACUUGUACCUUUCGGGAAAGUGAGGGCAUCUCGUCUGUUUCAGAACAUCCUCAAUUGCAGAGAACUUCCCCUACUAAUAUUGAUUCUCAUGUCGAUAUCCCCAAAUUGCCUGUGCUGUCAUCACAUGACUUGAGCAGUUCACGAACCUCAGUUGUGGAUGCGUUGUCUAGAGGGCAACAUAUGUCUUAUAUGAAUGGCUCACAAGUAGGUAAAAGGAAACAGCAGCCAGGAAUUCUUAAUGCUAAUUCCAGUAAUGCAUCACAAAAGCAUGAAGACUCACUUCCUCAUGACAUAAAACAGGAACUUCAUAAUUCAUGCCCUAAGAAGCCUAGACUAGAUCUCAAUCAAGAUGUAAUACUGCAAGAGCAUAUUAUGAAACAGCCACUGGAGAGUCGGGAUUCUGUGCAAUUGCAAGGCCAAAUGGGAGUGCUGAAGGCAUUUCUUCAGCAGAAUAAGUCGCUGAAUGAACACAAAGAGAAAAACUUGCAAUCAAUUUCCCAGUUUAAGGGAGUUGACUUGAAACAGCAGGGACAGCAACAGAUGAGGCACCAUUUACAACAGCCAGGCAUAUGUCAAGGACCAUUUGUGAAUCCUUUUGAUGUUGUUUGUUCUCGUCGGCUGAUGCAGUAUGUAUAUCAUUUGAGGCAUCGACCACCAGAAAAUGGUAUUGAGUAUUGGAGGAAGUUUGUGGAGGAAUAUUAUGCUCCUAAUGCUAAAAAGAGGUGGUGUUUGUCUUUGUAUGAUAAUGUUAGACACCAUUCCUCUGGUGUUUUUCCCCAGGCAGCAAUGGCUCAAUGGCACUGCAACCUAUGUGGUUCAAUAUCAGGAAGGGGUUUUGAGGCGACUUCUGAAGUGCUCCCUAGGCUUUACAAAGUAUCAUUUGAAAGUGGGGUGAUCGAUGAAAUCUUGUUUCUUGAUCUGCCAUGUGAACGUAAAUUGCCUUCGGGAUUGAUGAUGUUGGAAUAUGAAAAGGCAGUUCAAGAGAGUGUCUAUGACCAAGUUCGUGUUGUUCGUGAGGGCAAACUUCGAAUAAUUUUUACUUAUGAUUUGAAGAUAUUGUCAUGGGAGUUUUGUGCAAGGCAUCAUGAAGAACUUCUGCACCGCAGUUUUAUUGUUGCUCAGGUACAUGGAUUGGUUCAUGCUGCACAAAAAUAUCAAAGCACAAUUAAUGGAUCUAAUAAGUUUUCACCACGUUGUCUCCAAGAAGAUUGCAAUAGGUUUCUGACAACUGGAGGUCAGCUUGUGAGUAAUUUGGAUUUGGAGCUCAUUGAUGACUUAGGGUUUUCCAAAAGAUAUAUUCGAUGCUUACAGAUAGCUGGGGUCGUUGAAAGUAUGAAAGACUUGAUGACUUUCAGCAAGGACAAUAACAUUGGACCAGUUGAGGGCUUGAAGAAAUAUCCUCAACAAACCACUUUUAUCAAGCCUCUGAGAGGUGAGGGAAAAGAAAAGUUACCACUAAAGAGUGUUCAAAGUCUGCCUACUGACUGCAAUAAGUUGUUGGGCAUAUCUCCUCAUUUUAACAACAACAACAAUGGAAGCCCAAAAAUAACCCGCAACCCAAAUUUGAUUAAUUCGGAGGAGGAAUCACCCAGUCGAUUGUCAAGACUGACCACACUGACCUCCAAUGCAAGCAAAUGGAAAGAGGCACAUUCUCGUAAAUGCAACAGGUCUAAGGAGGGUGCAUCUACCAAGCCAUUCCAGGGUCGUAAAAUAUCAAGUUUGGGACUGAGUCAGGACAUACCAGUUAAUGACUUGUCAAGUUAUAAUUUUUCUGAAUGCGGCAAGAAUAAUCAAGAGUGUAUGAUCCAAAAAUGGCUACAGAAGAUGAUCAGUAACAGCAGAGCAGAGAAUGAGGGUGAUAAGGAAAAAGUAAACCAAGAGAUAGGUUGGACCACUCCCAUUGGCUUGCAGGCCGAAGCCAAAAGAACAGAUAAGCUUGUCAACGGGUUAGAUUUUGACAACAUGGCCAAAGCAGCUGCCUCAAGAAAGUCAUCUAGCACUGGUGGGAACAUGCACAAGUUCGCAGUCUCAGCUGCUUGCAAUGGGGACUCUUCCAGUGCUUCUGGAAAUGAUAGCUUCGUUAAAAGAGAACCAGAUUUGCUUGAAAUGGUGCGGAUUAUGGGUCAUGAUUAUUACAAAAAUGGAAAUCCCGCAGGUGAUCAUCACCUGGGUCAGGGCUGGAAAGUUUAACUAACUGGUUAUAUGCCUGUUAAUCUGAAAAUUUUUGGACAGGAGUUUUCGUGCCCCCCUUUUUUUCUUGCAAAGUGCUUGAUAUGAAUGUAAUAAGCAAACUUGAGAAAGUUUUAGGGGUUGCAAUGGCUUCGGAUGGUCAGUGUGUUACCUUUCUUUUCUGAAAAAUUGAAAAUUUAUGGUUUAGAUCUGUUUUUACAACCCAGUGAAAUUCUGACAUUGUUAU